UGUAGCCUGACAGAGGAGUCCAGGAGCUGAGGGGAGGAUAGACUGGGGCUCAGAGUUGAUCCUGCAACAUAGCCUAGCACCAAGGACACCAAUACAGGAAUUCACACAUCUAGGUAACCAGUGUGUCAUUUGACUUGGGGCAGGUAGGUACUCCCUGCCCCAGAAUGUCUGCCUGGUGGGGAGGCUCCUCCCCUCUGCCAGUGUUCCAGCCUAGUGGCCUGUCCCACUAGGACAGGAUGCUUUUUGUAGGCAGCUAUAUUCUCUAUACAUCGCAUCUAUCUCUAACCAGGUUCUGUUCUGAGUGAUACUUGGGCUUGCCAUGGUUACACAUCGCAUUUAUCUGCCACCUUCACUGUCCUCUGGAACAAAUCCCCUCCUUAUCCAAUCUGCGGUCCUACCUUACUUCAGAAGUCUAUGGGUCUGCCUGGCUAUCCCCCGUGUCUUGAAUGGUGCUUCUGCACUGGGGGCCCUGCUGUUUCAAAUCCAGUGCAGGAGUAUUUGGUUGGUUAGAACAAACAGCUUUAGCCAUGAGUACUGGGGAAGGGUCAGCCUAGGUCUGAGCUGCAGCCUAGGGAUACCCUACCACCUGGUGUCUUUGCCAGACCUGGGGCUUCCUUGCUGCAAUACUUCAAAUAAAUAAGGACGAGGGUGUGUCUACUGCAUGCAGCUCCCAGCUCUGGAGAAGGUCUGAGUGCAGUGGGGUGCAAAUGGACCUUGGCUUUCUGGGGAUGGGUCACAGGCCUAUUUUUUGGUCGGAUAAGCUUCCUGGAGAAGGUGCUAAGCAUACCGAGUACAAGUACAGAAACCAGAAAGGCUGCGUAAGAGGGAUAUGGGUGCCGCAGCUUCCCAGCUACCGCCUCCUGGGAAAAGCUUCAGCAUGAAGAGCAAGACCAGUGCGCAGGCGGUGGUUCUGGGUCGAGCUGUUUGGUGGGGGACGGCUCUACCCAGGAUGUGCGUUGAGUCGGUCGGCGCGUGCGCGUGCAGGCUACGCGCGUGCUCUACCCGUGUGCGCGCAGGGCUGCUGGCAUCUCGUUGACGCUGAGCUUGGAGCACGCAGAGCAGAGCAGGCGGAGCGGGCCGGCCGGGGCGGAGCGGAGCGGUCCGCAGAGCAGCCCCUCCCGGCCUCGGCCGACCCCAGCCCUUGGCCCGGCUCUAUGGACAGGAGCUCGCUGCUGCAGCUCAUCCAGGAGCAGCAGCUGGAUCCUGAGAAUACGGGCUUCAUCGGUGCGGAAACCUUCGCUGGUCUGGUACACAGCCAUGAGCUGCCCCUGGACCCCACCAAGUUGGACAUGUUGGUGGCUCUGGCUCAGAGCAACGAACGGGGCCAGGUCUGCUACCAGGAGCUGGUGGACCUGAUCAGCAGCAAGCGUUCCAGCAGCUUCAAGAGGGCCAUUGCUAAUGGACAACGGGCACUGCCUCGGGAUGGACUGCUAGAUGAGCCAGGCCUGGGUGUCUACAAGCGGUUUGUGCGAUAUGUGGCCUACGAGAUCCUGCCCUGUGAGGUGGAUCGCCGCUGGUACUUCUACCGGCACCGCAGCUGCCCACCCCCUGUGUUCAUGGCCUCUGUCACCCUUGCCCAGAUCAUCGUGUUCCUGUGCUACGGGGCACGUCUCAACAAGUGGGUGCUCCAGACCUACCACCCUGAAUACAUGAAGAGCCCUCUGGUGUAUCACCCGGGACACCGAGCUCGCGCCUGGCGCUUCCUCACCUACAUGUUCAUGCAUGUUGGGCUGGAGCAGCUAGGCUUCAAUGCCCUCCUGCAGCUGAUGAUCGGGGUGCCCCUGGAGAUGGUACACGGUGUACUUCGCAUCAGCCUGCUCUACCUGGCAGGUGUGCUGGCAGGCUCCCUGACUGUCUCUAUCACAGACAUGCGUGCCCCUGUGGUAGGGGGCUCUGGAGGGGUCUAUGCGCUGUGCUCAGCCCACCUGGCCAAUGUUGUCAUGAACUGGGCUGGGAUGCGGUGUCCAUACAAGCUGCUGAGGAUGGUGCUGGCUCUGGUGUGCAUGAGUUCCGAAGUGGGCCGGGCUGUGUGGCUGCGCUUCUCCCCACCACUGCCUGCCUCAGGCCCACAGCCCAGCUUUAUGGCACACCUGGCUGGUGCAGUGGUAGGUGUAAGCAUGGGCCUUACCAUCCUUCGGAGCUAUGAGGAGCGCCUGAGGGACCAGUGCGGCUGGUGGGUGGUGCUACUUGCCUAUGGCACCUUCCUGCUUUUCGCCAUCUUCUGGAACGUCUUUGCCUAUGACCUGCUGGGUGCCGAUAUCCCCCCUCCACCUUGACCUGCUCCUUAGGGCCACAUGGCUAGAGCCGGGCCUGCCGUGGUUCCGCCACCAGGUUGAGGCCAAGUCUUACUGCAGCCCUUGCUGCCCCUCCCAGGCCUUUCUGGGGGAGGGUGCUACUAGGCCAGGGCUGGGUGGAGAUCCUUGAAUGUGGCCCCAGAGGAGGUUCCCUCCCUCCCCACCCACCGAUCCCCAGGACUUGCAGUCUGAGCCUUUUUGGAGAGUGAAUAAAUAUUUUACACAUCACUA